GCUUUCUCUCUCUCCCUGCCUCCUUGCGCUCCUCUCUCUCUGCCUCCUUGCGCUCUUCUCUCUCUACCUCCCUGCGCUCCUCUCUCGAUCUCUUCUGAGCACCACAUCUCUCCGGAUCCGCCGGCCUCGACCUCGUGCAUGGCUGGAACCGCCGGCCUCGACCCCCAAGCUUCCCUCUCCAUCUCCUCCCUUCCCCACGCCGGCGGCUGGCUGGCCCCGGAGGCGGCAGCUGGAUCCGGCCUCCCCCGUCCCGUCGCCGCUGGAUGGGGGAGCCAUGGCCCCGGCGCCCCCGGAUCCGGCAGCCCUCCACCGCCGCCCGUCCCAUCGCCGGAUCCGGCCUCCUACAGCCGAACAACAGCCGGAUCCGGCCUCCCCGCCGCCAACGGCGAGCCGCGCUUUGCCGGUGGAGAUGACGAGGCCGCCGUCGUGGAGUCUCACCGCCGUGGAGUGGCCAUGGAGUCUCGUCGCCGUGGAGUCGCGUCGUGGAUUAGGGAUUAGGGAUUCGAUAUGUGAUUUGGGAUUAGGGAACGUGAGGGCCGGGAGGGCCAUUUCUAUUUUACUUUUUUCCAAAAACUACAUCAGUGUCGGUUGUGUUUGGUGCCCGCCACUGAUGGGUUAUACAUCGCUACGCAAGAAAUUAGUGACAGGCGGUCCGUCCAUUACUGAUAGCCAUUUUCGGCCGUUACUGAUAAACGUUUUUGUAUUACUGUAUGUUGUUUGACCUUAGAAGUCAACAUCCAAGAACAAGAGAGUUACAGGUAUUUACUACUAGAUAUUGAUUUUUCCAACACUAAA